AUCUGACUGGACCCGAUUACGUGAGACGAAGAAUAACGCAACCGUGUCCAUGGCUUCCAGUGAAGUAGGAAACCAGCAUGCGGAGUUCCUUUGAAAACUGAACUAAUGAAUGAUUUUGAUUUCGAAAGCCGUUUUAGUGCCACUCCUGCAACUACCACCGUCGCUCCCACGACGAAACCAACCAGUUGAUCAUCAACUACUCACCCCACCCAACACGUGUUGCCAGUUGUUAAUUUUUCUCUUCAUUUGUGAAAUAAAAUAUUAAAAUCCCAGCUCAAUCUCUGCUGAUACAAGCGUUUUCACAGAAUUUCUGUACUAAAGGCUCGCCUUUUCUCAGUUUUAUUUCAACAGAAGUGGAGGAAACGUUGAAGUUUAGAAAUGGCUGCUGCGACUCACACUUAUAAGUCACUCGAGGGGAUCUCCAGGAGCGACAUCGAAGCCCUGGGAAUCCCUUCUAAACUUGCUGAGCAACUCCAUCGGAAGCUCGCCGAGAUUAUCGUUAAUUACGGGGCUGCCACGCCCGACACUUGGCGCAACAUCUGCAGAGACGUCCUUAAUCCCGAACUUCCCUUCUCUUUUCAUCAGAUGCUCUACUAUGGUUGCUACAAGGACUUUGGACCCGACCCGCCUGCUUGGUUGCCCAACCCGGAGGCUGCAAAUUUUACAAAUGUUGGGCAGCUAUUAGAGCGUGGAAAAGAGCUUCUGGGGUCAAGAUACAAGGAUCCCAUGUCAAGUUUUUCUGACUUUCAGGAAUUCUCAGUCUCAAAUCCUGAGGUGUAUUGGAAAACUGUUCUGGAUGAAAUGAACAUUUCGUUUUCAGUACCUCCCCAAUGUAUAUUAUGUGAGGAUGCCUAUGGUGCAAGCCACUUGUCAAACCCAGGUGGGCAAUGGCUUCUUGGAGCAUAUUUGAAUCCUGCAAAAAAUUGCUUGAGUUUAAAAAGUGGUAGAAGUUUGGAUGACAUUGUGAUAAGAUGGCGUGAUGAAGGAGAUGAUAAUUUGCCUGUAAAGAGCAUGACACUCAAGGAAUUGCGUGCGCAGGUUUGGUUAGUUGCAUAUGCACUGAGUUCCCUGGGCUUGGAGAGGGGAUCUGCAAUUGCAAUUGAUAUGCCGCUGAAUGUCAAUGCUGUGGUCAUCUACCUGUCUAUUGUUCUGGCAGGUUACAUGGUUGUAUCCAUUGCUGAUAGUUUUGCAGCCCUUGAAAUAUCAACAAGACUUAAAAUAUCAGAAGCAAAAGCCAUAUUUACUCAGGAUGUAAUCAUUCGUGGUGACAAAAUUAUACCAUUGUAUGGUAGAAUUGUGGAUGCCCAAGCACCUAUGGCUAUUGUUAUUCCAGCCAGAGGCUCUGGCAUCAGCAUGAGAUUGCGUGAUGGUGACAUUUCUUGGCAUGUCUUUCUUGGAAAAGUCAGAGAUUUCAAAGAAUGUGAAUUUUCAGCUGUUGAACAACCCGUAGAAGCAUUUACAAACAUUCUUUUCUCAUCUGGAACCACAGGGGAACCGAAAGCAAUUCCAUGGACCAAUGCAACUCCUUUGAAGGCUGCAGCAGAUGCAUGGUGCCACAUGGAUAUCCGUAAAGGGGAUAUUGUUGCUUGGCCAACUAACCUGGGGUGGAUGAUGGGUCCUUGGUUGGUCUAUGCGUCAUUGCUAAAUGGAGCUUCGAUAGCUUUAUAUAAUGGAUCCCCCCUUGGCUCUGGCUUUGCUAAGUUUGUACAGGAUGCUAAAGUAACAAUGCUUGGUGUUAUCCCAAGUAUUGUUCGAACAUGGAAAAGUGCAGAUUGUGUAGCUGGCUACGACUGGUCUGGCAUUCGGCGCUUUGCCUCCACUGGAGAAGCUUCUAACGUGGAUGAAUACUUAUGGCUGAUGGGGAGAGCUCAUUACAAACCUGUGAUUGAAUAUUGUGGUGGUACAGAGAUUGGUGGUGGAUUUGUUUCUGGAUCAUUACUGCAGCCUCAAUCACUGGCUGCUUUUAGUACACCAGCUAUGGGCUGCAAGUUGUUUAUUCUCGGAGAUGACGGUGUUCCUAUACCUCAGAAUCUACCUGGGAUGGGUGAGUUGGCGCUUGGUCCUCUCAUGUUUGGUUCUUCGAGUAAACUGCUGAAUGCUAAUCACUAUGAUGUGUAUUUUAAGGGAAUGCCUUCUUGGAAUGGACAGAUUCUGCGAAGGCAUGGGGUAUUUGAACGCACUUCUAGAGGAUAUUAUCGUGCACAUGGCCGUGCAGAUGAUACCAUGAAUCUUGGGGGCAUAAAGGUUAGUUCGAUUGAGAUUGAGCGCAUCUGUAAUACAGUAGAUAGCAACAUCCUUGAAACAGCAGCAGUUGGGGUGCCACAACCUACCGGUGGACCUGAGCAACUUAUAGUCGCCGUUGUAUUCAAAGAGUCAAGUAAAACACCACCGGACUUGAAUCAAUUGAGGGUGUCUUUCAAUUCAGCAGUACAGAAGAAACUGAAUCCUUUGUUCAGGGUUUCUCAUGUCAUUCCUCUUCCAUACCUUCCAAGGACAGCGACAAACAAGGUGAUGAGAAGGGUCUUGCGGAAGCAGCUUUCUCAGCACGACAAAACUUCUAAACUAUGAACUCACUAUGCUGAUAUCUCAACUCCUCUGUUGACUGAAAAACAGCAACAAGCAUGGGUGGAAGCUGUCCUCUGAUUGAUAUGUUCAAAGGGAAACCAGAGUUUGCCCACAUGCUUACAUCUAUAAACUUGCAAUUAUUUUGGUUGUUUGAUAAAUUGAUGUUAUGAACCAGGUUGCACUCUAUUUUUAUUACCAAAAAAACUGUGUUUACCCACUUUGGGUAUACAAAUAUACACAUUUAUAUAUGUUAUCA